AUGGGCGGGCAGGGCAAGGUUAUAAAUCGCAAACGGAAAUUUACGGGGCGAAAGGCAGACGACCCCGAAUUCGAUUUAGACAAGAAACACUUCAAAGUGCUUCAUGUAAAUGCCAGCGAGAAACGUUUGAUUAUUGUGCUCGAGGGUGCGCAGCUAGAAACGGUUAAGGUGCACAAUACCUUCGAGCUGCUCAACUGCGAUGAACAUGCGGGCAUAAUGCGUAAAAAUAACCGUGAUCCCGGAUCCUGUCGUCCCGAUAUCACCCACCAGUGCCUGUUAAUGCUCUUCGACUCGCCCCUAAACCGAGCCGGCCUUCUACAGGUGUUCGUGCGUACCGAACGAAACGUGCUCAUCGAGAUCAAUCCACAAACACGCAUACCGCGCACCUUUAAACGCUUUGCCGGCCUGAUGGUGCAACUUUUGCAUAAAUUUCAAAUACGUGCUAGCGACUCCUCACGUCGUCUGAUGAGUGUUAUUAAGAAUCCCAUAACGGAUCAUCUGCCGGUGGGUUGCAAAAAGUACGCCAUGUCCUUUUCUGGCAAACUGGUGACCAAUUGCAGGGACCUAGUGCCACAUGGUGAAGAGGGUACCGAGGCAUACAACGAGCCAGUGGUCUUCGUUAUAGGUGCUUUUGCCCAUGGUGUCCUUAAAACCGACUACACCGAAGAGCUUUUCUCGAUAAGCAAUUAUCCACUGUCGGCGGCAAUAGCGUGCUCCAAGCUAUGCAAUGCCUUCGAGGAAGUUUGGGGCGUCGUGUAGAGUUGGAACCCACAAUCUGUAGAAUUAAUUAGUAUUUGUUUUAUGACUAGAAUAUAUGCGCUUCUUUGAUAUAUGAAUUAACGUA